AUGGCAUUAAGUGACAAAAUAGCAGCCAAACAUGGUCAAAACUGGGCAAGAGAAGUAAAUCUGUUUGAUCCAAGCUCUUCCACACUCUACACUAUUGAAGAUAAUUCUCUGACGGAGGUUAUGGGUGAGCUGAUCGAUACCAGCGAGGAGAUCCUACAAAUCUGGAUUUAUAAAUGCCCACUCAGUGAGUGGCAAUUGACUAAACUGUUCUUGAACCAUCAAUUUGUCGUGUUUGAAACGCAGAGCUGGUGGUGGUCCAUCGAGAAAGAUGACAAGAGAAUUCUUAUUCAGAGAGGCAAAUACCUUUCCACGGUUCGAGAUUUUGUGAGUAGUGAGCCAAGAAAACAGUUCGUGACUCCAAUGAGUUAUGAUAAAGGACGUAAAACAUUAGAGGACCUGAUACAUUUUCUUUAUGAUACGGAUGAACUAAAUAUAAAGUAUGACUUGCUGGAGAAUAAUUGUAAGGAUUUUGCAAAAAGAAUAUUUGACGAAUUUGCUGCAAGAAAGUUCCAUGAUAAAAUAGGUGGAAGUGAGUGUGUAGUAAGUUAA